UCCUAAAUUAUCUACUCACGCGUCAUCGAUUUCACGUAAAAACCUAAAACACACCCUCACCAGUACUCUGGUAUUUUACACGCCUUUUCACCGAGUCCCCGGUUUAGCACACCCAGACAAUGGCGGCAAGAGUAGCCCGAUCAAUCUUGGCCGUGCGAUCAUCGUCAUCCUAUCUGUGUUUCUCCAAACGGCUCCUCUCAUCCUCUUCUUCCAUAGCCAAAGCACCUUCAUUUUCUGGCUUUGUUCGAUCAAUCGGAUCCACGAGCUUGGUCUCUCACACCGUCCGGUUCGCCGCUCCAGCGGCGAUUCGGUUUAACCAGAUACGGUGUGAAGUGAACAGUUCCGGCGGGUCUACCUACUUGCCGCUUAACUCCGGGUCGAAUAUCGUCGAACGGCCUCCCCCGGAGAUACUUUCGCUAUUUCCGGGCUGCGAUUUCGAACACUGGCUCAUUGUCAUGGACAGGCCCGGUGGCGAAACAUCCACCAAGAACCAGAUGAUCGAUUGUUACAUCCAAACACUUGCUAAGGUUCUCGGAAGCGAAGAGGAAGCAAAAAAGAAGAUUUACAAUGUAUCUUGUUCUUGUAAGAAGUACUUUGGGUUUGGGUGCGAGAUUGAUGAAGAGACAUCGAAGAAGCUUGAAGGUCUGCCCGGUGUUCUGCAUGUCCUACCUGAUUCUUAUGUUGAUGAAGAGACUAAGGACUAUGGUGGGGACCUGUUUGUGAACGGAAAGAGAGUUGAAAGGCCCCCCAAGCGUUCUUGGAUGGAUGAGACUCGUGUGCCUGAAAGAGCUCGAGAAGCACGAAGAUUAGGCGAGAAGUGAAGAAGUAGACGAAGUGAAGAAGCGCCGUUAAAAUAUGCAGUAAACCAUAAUGGUUGUUCCAUGUCAUGUUGGUGUCAUUUUUUGCAUGAUUGGAAUUAUGGUCUAUAGUUGAGUAUAAGAAAAUAGGAGGAUAUCUUAUCUUAGCUGCUGGUUACAUCAUAUGCAUGAAAAAAAGUUUGAGAGAGAAAUAGUACAAGCUUUAUGAUCUCGGGGUGUCGUUCACCGUAAAUAUUUAAUUAUAUCAUGUUAUCUAUGUAUUUAUUUUUAUCCGGUUGAUACA